AUGAUCCCCCUUUCCCCCCUCGCCUGCGCACAGCCCGCGCCUUCCGUGUGGCACUGCUCGGGCGAGCCUGCCUCGCCUCCCCUCCCCGCUGCUCCCCUUGCCGCACUCCUUGUUGUUGCUUCUGCUGGCACUGCUGGCGGUGCCACUGCCGGUGGUGCCAUUGCCGGUGGUGCCACUGCCGGUGGUGCCACUACCGGUGGUAGCACUGCUAGUGGUACCCCUGCGAGCGGUACCAGUGACAUUGGUUUCUCUGCUCCGGUGGUGGCCUCUAGGAGCAGCAGCAUUGGCGCGCUAUCUCAAUCCAAGGCGUUCUACGCUGGUGUGCAGAGUGGCCGUAACAUGUGUCCCCUCGGCGCUCACGCCUGUGCUCUACCCCACUGCAGUAGCCCAACUGGGCGGAGCAGCCAAGGGAGGCGCCACCGUCUCUGUCUCCUCCCCGUGAGUGAUUGCUGUCCCUCCACGUGGGUGCCUGUCUGUCCCCUCCACGUGGGUGCCUGCCUGUCUCCUCCAAUCGGGUGCCUGUCUGUCCCCUCCACGUGGGUGCCUAUCUGUCUCCUCCAAUCGGGAACAGCCAUGGCGGCUCUGGUCUCCCCAGCAGCCAAGGCGGUGGCAGCGCUGCCAGCACUGCCGGCAGGGCAGAGUAGUGCAUGUGUGGUUGGAGUGAGCGUGGGCGGGGGGGUCGCUGCGACCCAAGUGGCACAGGGGGCGUUGGUGCGAGUGGUGGAGCACGUGCGGUGA